GUUCUUACCAAGCCUCUCAUUUCAAAUAAACCUCAAGUGACCACUCUCUGUGCAUAUAAAGAUGAGAGUGGAAUGUUUACUACAUCAGCUGUUGAAGUAGAAGAAGAAACAAUAACAACAGAACAGAAAAUAAACAUGAAUACUUCACUAGAAAAAGUCUUCAGUAUGGAAAACAGUACUGUUGAUGAUGAGGAUGAGUUACUAUACGGAGAUGAAGAUACGUCCAACAUGGAUACAUCUGCUAAUAUCAGUUUGAAAGAGGAAACAAAAUCUAGCAAAAAGUCUCGGAAGAAGGAAUUGAAGAUGUCAUAUUGGGUAGCUGUUGCACGAGAAAAUGGAUCUUUAGAAAUAUUGAGUUUACCAGACUUUAAGAUAGCAUACUAUGUGAAGACGUUCCCCAUUGGACAGAAAGUAUUGGUUGACACAGGAAGUUUAAAAGAAAUAAGUGCCAGCAAAUCUGGGUCUGGGUUGAGUCAAGACAAGACAGUUACUGACAGCAUGUAUAAUAUACAUGAGGUGUUACUUGUUGGAUUAGGACAGCGGAAAUCUAGACCAUACCUGCUGGCGAGGGUAGAAGAUGGUUUAUUGAUCUAUGAAGCAUUCCCGUAUUAUCAGUCAAAGGAAGACAAUCACCUUAAAAUACGAUUUAAGAAAGUCCAGCAUAAUUUGAUCCUGAAGGAACGUAAAGUAAAGUUCCGAAAGAGAGGCGAAGAGAUCUUAGAUGAAUUUGAUGAAUUUAAAACUGAUCAAGGACAGUGGUUCCGGUACUUUGACGAUAUUUCAGGCUAUAGUGGUGUAUUUAUUUGUGGACCAUAUCCACACUGGUUGUUUAUGACUCAGAGAGGGUCCCUCAGGAUACAUCCCAUGGGAAUAGAUGGUGCCAUCACAUGUUUUGCUCCAUUCCAUAAUGUGAAUUGUCCCAAAGGUUUCCUCUACUUUAAUAAACAGGGGGAGCUACGGAUUUCAGUAUUACCAACUCAUUUAACAUAUGAUGCUCCAUGGCCUAUACGUAAAGUUCCAUUAAGAUGUACACCUCAUUUUAUCAUUUAUCAUACAGACAGCAAGACUUAUGCUGUGGUCAUGCAUACACCAGAUAUUGGUAACAAAUUGCCCAAAGUUACAUCAGAAGAAAGAGAAUUUGAUGUCUUUGAAAAAGAUGAGAGAUUUGUAUAUCCGACAGCACAGAAGUUUUCUUGCCAACUUUACAGUCCAACAUCGUGGGAAGUUGUGCCAAAUACACAGUAAGUCUAUUCUAAAUUAAUCAAAGUCCAAGUGCC